AUGAUUGAAGGAAACUCAAAUUCUAAUGAGAAUGAAACAGGGAAAAACAGCAGCUAUCUACCUCAACCAGUAGCUAGCUUUCCACGAGAGCAAGAGCCGCCACCUGCUCCUGCUGAGCACCUACCAUCACCAGAUACAAAUCAAGAACAAGGUGCCCCCAACAACAACAACAACAACAACAACAACAACCUCCUUCCGUUGCCUGCCUCUUCACAUACAAGACGAAAACGUGGCUUGUCUUUGAGGUCACAGUUGUUCAAUAGAGCCUUCAAAAUACACGAGGAAGAAGAAGCACUUCCAAAACACAAUGAUUCCACAACAGCCACACUUAAGCCAUCAGACAAUAUUGAGCUUCAAUCACUUUCCAAUACAGUGCAUACAGCACCCCCUCAAAUUAACAUUGACGAAUCACCAGACCCAUUGCCAGUUUACGAAUCUUCAUCUUCAUUUGGCCAGAAAUAUGAACCUUAUAGCGUAUUUGAGUCACAGUUGUCCAAAUCGACAACCCAUCUAACUAUUGAAAGCAAAAGAUCAAGUAUAAGCUCCACCUCAUUUGUGACAAAGAAACGACGCUUGCAUAAUACCUCACAGAACAGAUUUUGGAGACGACUUAAACUGUUUAAGAAUAAACUUUUGGGGGUCAAGAUUUCACAGUCUACAGAAUGCGGAAGAAUCAUUCCCCUUUCGGUAAAUCCAAAUGGAGUUAACGAUUACUAUCAGGAUGAGUAUUAUAGCUCCGAAUCAAAAGGCUACAUUGAUGAAAGAACAAAUGAGCCUUAUGUUAACAACAUCAUCACAUCUUCGAAAUACACAAUUUAUUCUUUUCUUCCCAAGCAGCUACGAGCGCAAUUUUCAAAAAUAGCCAACUGUUACUUCAUGGUGGUGGCUAUUAUGCAAAUGAUACCCGGCUGGUCCACUACUGGUCAAUACACUACGAUUAUACCCUUGUGUAUUUUCAUGUCAAUAUCAAUGGCGAGAGAGGGCUUUGAUGAUUGGAAAAGACACGGCCACGACAAAGAGGAGAAUAGCAAAAUAACCACAGUAGUUAGGGAAGACCAAGAGUUGAGUAAUUUUGACACUCAUUCGAUAAAUACCAUCUUGACUGAGACUAUACCGGUGGUUUCUGGACGUUCCGCAAAUCAAGGAGGUUUGCCCAGUCUAUCAGCAAAUUCCUCGCUAUCUGACUUGGAAGACUCUCUUACUUCAGAUAAUUUACUGUUUGCCAAUAAAAGCGCUAUGCAACAAUACAAUUUGAAAGAAGUACCGACAAAAUGGAAAAAUAUCAAAGUGGGUGAUAUUGUCAAAAUUAAUGAAAAUGAGUGGUUUCCAGCUGAUGUGAUAUUGAUUGCAACGUGUGGGGACGAUUUGCAGGAAGCAUUUGUUGAAACAAUGGCUCUAGAUGGUGAGACAAAUAUGAAAUCAAAAUCCCCUCAUCCGGAAAUUUCUAAAAAGGCACGAACAGCACCUGGGUUGAAAAACCUACAUACUUUGAUAACCACUGAGGACCCCAAUAUUGACUUGUACAACUUUGAGGCGUCUUUCUACAUGAAUGAACAAGUGUACCCCUUGGGUUCUGACAAUGUGGUGUAUCGUGGCAGUGUUUUGAGAAACACGGAAUCAGUCCUAGGAAUUGUUGUAUUUACGGGUGAGGAGACGAAAAUUAGAAUGAAUAAUAUUAAAAACCCAAGAACUAAAGCGCCAAAGUUACAGAAAAAUAUCAAUUAUAUUGUCAUCUUUAUGGUUUUUGUUGUGGUGAUGUUGUCUGCGUUCUCAACAAUGGCACAACGUCUCAAAUAUAACGAAAAUAAAAGCAAGGCCUGGUACCUUUACGAAGAAGACGCCGGUGUAGCGGCAACCUUGAUGGGAUUUAUUAUUAUGUACAACACGUUGAUUCCGUUGUCACUUUAUGUCACCAUGGAGAUUAUAAAGGUUAUGCAGUUGUGCUUUUUGCAGUUUGAUAUUGACAUGUAUGACUCAAAGACAAACACACCAGCAGAUGCCAAGACUGCCACCAUUUUAGAAGAAUUGGGACAAGUGUCAUACAUCUUCAGUGACAAGACGGGAACGCUUACAGAUAACAAGAUGAUAUUCAGAAAGCUAAGUGUCUGUGGAAUGAGUUGGCUCCAUGAUCUAGAUCUUAUGGUGAACGAGCGCGAAAACCCUGGUGACCAAGAUGUUGCUAGCUUGGUGCAAAGGCAAAGCAUGCAAGUUCCAAGACUGUCGAUUCUGCAAGUCAACAAGAACACUACUGAAACAAACCGAUUUAGUACCACUUCAAUUGCACGUGAAAGUAUGGACAUCAAGCCAUCAGGUUUGAGCGCAAAGACAUGGAUUUCCACAGCACAGCCUCAUAAAGUACAGGAUACAUUAAACACGUUGCAACUAAUCAGACACUUGCAAACGCAUCCUCAGACUUUAUUUUCUCGCAAGGCCAAAUUUUUUCUAUUAUCGCUCGCAUUGUGCAAUACGUGUUCCCCUAUUAAACAAACGGGUAAAAAAUUCAAAAUCAGCGAUUCGAGCUCGUCACUAGAGGAAGUGUUUUCGGGGCAAGAUAUUGAAGAUGAUGGAGCGAUAUCUUAUCAGGCUACAUCUCCGGAUGAAGUAGCAUUGGUGCAAGCAGCUAGAGACUUGGGAUACGUAGUUUUUGAUCGACAAUCUGAUAAGUUGAAAAUAAAAACAUACCCCGAAGGUUUUGAAAGCGAUCCUGUCAUAGAGGAGUACCAAGUGUUGGAUGUCAUUGAGUUCUCUUCUGCUAGGAAGAGAAUGUCAGCGGUGGUAAAGUUCCCCGAUGGUAGAAUUGCUGUUAUUUGCAAAGGAGCAGAUAACGUUAUCUUGGAACACUUGCGCAACUCCAAACUAGCUAAAGAGAAAGCAAAGGAUAUUUCUAUACAGUCAACAGAGCGUAAAAUGCAGGAAGCCGAUGUGGUAUUGCAAUCGAGGUUCUCACAAGAUAUGGAAUCGAGAAAGUCUGGGUUUUCUUUGCGACAAAGCUUGAAUUUAGGUGGAGGUGGAGAAACAAAGAUGAACACUAUUGAUAACGCAUUGAUGGGGUUCGAAGAGGAGGAAGAGGCAGAGUUAGCCAGCAUUGCCAAUCAAGCAAGAAGGUCCUUACACCAUCAACAGGCUCAAAAAUACAGUAUGGAUGGAAGUGUUUCUGCCAAUGGUGAAGGAUUACUGACGAAUCUAAAUUCAGAUGAAACACAACUACCAUCCAUCCCACAUGAUAAGCUUAUAGUUAAUGAUGAGUUUGUAAUUGAAAAAACGUUGGAGCAUGUCGAGGAAUUUUCAACCGAGGGAUUGCGUACUUUGUUAUAUUCUUUCAAGUGGUUAAACCAAGCAGAGUAUGAAGAGUGGCAUACUGAGUACACCGAAGCUAAAACAUCAUUAAAGGAUCGUGCGCAAAUGGUUGAGGAUGUGGGAGGUAAAAUCGAAUUCAAUCUUGAGUUGCUUGGUGCAACUGCAAUUGAAGACAAGCUACAAGAUGGAGUUAGUGAAUCAAUAGUGAAACUUCGAAGAGCCGGGAUAAAAAUGUGGAUGUUGACGGGAGAUAAAAGGGAAACUGCAAUAAACAUUGGAUACUCAUGCCGUCUUAUAAAGGAUUAUUCAACGGUGACUAUUUUAUCUAGCGAUGAGGGUAAGCAAGCUGUUUCUGAUAAGAUAAGAUCGUUCUUGAAAGAUAUACAAGGCGGUAGGAUUGCCCAUAGUGUGCUUGUUAUCGAUGGUGGAACUUUGGCAGAAAUCGAAAGUGAUUCUCAAAUACUGUCUCAAUUUUUCGAACUUUGUGUGGAGGUUGACUCGACUGUGUGUUGCCGAGCUUCUCCUAGUCAAAAGGCAAACAUGGUGAGCUCUGUUCGAUCUUUGAGGAAGAAGGCAGUGACUUUAGCAAUUGGAGACGGUGCCAAUGAUAUUGCCAUGAUUCAAAGCGCCGACAUUGGUGUUGGAAUAACUGGGAGAGAAGGAUUACAAGCUGCUAGAUCAGCUGACUAUGCAAUUGCCCAAUUUCGAUUUUUGCUCAAGCUUUUGUUGGUGAAUGGACGUUACAAUUAUGUCAGGACAUCAAAGUUUGUGUUGUGCACGUUUUACAAGGAGCUUUUGUUUUACUUGACUCAGUGCAUAUAUCAGAGAAACACACUUUUUUCUGGAUCAUCCAUGUAUGAGAGUUGGUCGUUAUCCAUGUUCAAUACCUUGUUUACCUCAUUACCGGUUCUUUGUAUCGGGAUGUUUGACAAAGACUUGAAGCCAGCCACUUUAAUUGCUGUACCUGAGCUUUAUUCAAAGGGACGCUUAUAUCAAGCAUUCAAUCUUCGAGUAUUUCUUUCCUGGAUGAUUUUAGCAACGCUUCAAAGUGUUGGAGUCGAAUUUUUGGCGUGGUACAUUUGGGGAUUUACUGGCUUGCGAGACAAUACCACGUUUGCAUUGGGAUCGUUAGUAUUUACUGUUUUGGUAACUAUCAUCAAUGCGAAAUGUACCUUGUUGGAAAUGCAGAAUAGACAAUGGCUUGCUUUUGCUUCGUUCAUUAUAUCAGUUGGUGGGUUGGCAUUGUGGAAUGUUUUGAUUAUGUUCCUUUAUCGACUGAAGGAGUCCACCAUAUUUUUUGUAGCUUAUGGCUUAAUCACAUGGGGAUUGGACCAAAGUUGGUGGGCUGCUUUACUUCUUAUAUUAACGGUGCCUUUAUUCUUUGACAUUUUGAUCAAAGUAUUUAUUUUCAUGUUUAACCCCAGUGACGAUCAAAUUUUCCAAGUUUAUGAGAAGGAUAUGAAGUUGAGAAAAUUGUUUGAGCAAUCUGCAUAUAAGGAAUUAUAUCAAGGUUGGACCUUUCCUCGAGACCCAUCAACUACCAAGACCCUGUUAUUUAAGUUGUUGAACAAGAUCGGCAUUAAUGUGGAUUUGAAAUCGUUUGGAGGGAAAAACAUUGAAUUGGGUGAUAAUGAGGAUGACCUUUAUGGUCAAUCUGCACUUAAUAGAAAGAGAGCAGGUACUAACCCAAUGGAUCACGAGCUUCCACCAAGUGGUGAUGGAGUUGGCGUUUUUGCCAGCGAUGCUAUGCCACAUGAUGUUGUUGAUGAAGACGGCUACGAAAUUUUACCCAGUGGUAAGAGAGUCAAAAUUAGAAAUAGAGAAAAAAGGAGCUGGUCGCUUUCUAAAGCGUUUGGUAUGAAAAAGAGGAGAUCCCUGGCAGAUUCCGAUGAAGAUGUUGAUGCAAUUAUAGAUAGCCGGUUGAAGAAUUUGCGUGAGGAGGAAGAGGGUCGACUGUAA